AUGACUGUAAGUAACGUGUCAGUAUUCGGCUGCAGAAGCUCUGAGAUGUCCUCAGAAAAGCGCAACUUCGGUAAAGCAAUGAACCAGGACCACGAAAUUGAUGCGCAAGAUUCCAGGGAGGAGCCAGUGGAAAAUGGGCUUCCAAUCGACACGAAAUCGCAUCAAAAUCCACUCCAUGCGCCUAUGACGAUUUCGCCCUCACCACCCAAGCAAGUGACAAUUGAUCAGCUGGCUGAAGCAGCGAACAGCUUUUAUAAGAUGUCUCUUGUCCACGAAAUCAGCGUUGAUUCGAACUUCAAGGUGGAGAGGAAAGAGGAACCGCGCUUUGAUAUGGCUUCUGAAGUGACUACUUGCGAUUUCGGAUAA